AUGCAACGGACGACCGUGCGACGACCGUUCGACGCUCGCGACAUCCCUUCGAAAAUGCGGAUUCUCUGGAGCGGUGCUGCCGCGGGAGACGAGCGUGCGAGAGGUGAUGCUGACUGCUGGGGCGGCGUUGGUGCUGGCGCGGUGCUGCUGCGUCCAUGGAAGCAUGACGUUGACUGGCGUUGCUGCUGUGUUGGAGGCGGUGCUGCUGUGUUGGAGGCGGUGCUGCUGUGUUGGAGGCGGUGCUGCUGUGUAGGAGGAGGUGCUGCUGUGUUGGAGGUGGUGCUGCUGUGUUGGAGGCGGUGCUGCUGUGUUGGAGGCGGUGCUGCUGUGUUGGAGGCGGUGCUGCUGUGUUGGAGCGGUGCUGCUGUGUUGGAGCGGUGCUGCUGUGUUGGAGCGGUGCUGCUGUGUUGGAGCGGUUCUGCUGUGUUGGAGCGGUUCUGCAGUGUUGGAGGCGGUGCUGCUGUGUUGGAGGCGGUGCUGCUGUGUUGGAGAGGUGCUGCUGUGUUGGAGCGGUGCUGCUGUGUUGGAGGCGGUGCUGCUGUGUUGGAGGCGGUGCUGCUGUGUUGGAGCGGUGCUGCUGUGUUGGAGCAGUGCUGCUGUGUUGGAGGCGGUGCUGCUGUGUUGGAGGCGGUGCUGCUGAGUUGGAGCGGUGCUGCUGUGUUGGAGCGGUGCUGCUGUGUUGGAGGCGGUGCUGCUGUGUUGGAGGCGGUGCUGCUGUGUUGGAGCGGUGCUGCUGUGUUGGAGCGGUGCUGCUGUGUUGGAGGCGGUGCUGCUGUGUUGGAGGCGGUGCUGCUGUGUUGGAGCGGUGCUGCUGUGUUGGAGCGGUGCUGCUGUGUUGGAGCGGUGUUGCUGUGUUGGAGGCGGUGCUGCUGUGUUGAGGCGGUGCUGCUGUGUUGGAGGCGGUGCUGCUGUGUUGGAGCGGUGCUGCUGUGUUGGAGCGGAGGAGGUGCUGCUGUGUUGGAGGUGGUGCUGCUGUGUUGGAGGCGGUGCUGCUGUGUUGGAGGCGGUGCUGCUGUGUUGGAGGCGGUGCUGCUGUGUUGGAGCGGUGCUGCUGUGUUGGAGCGGUGCUGCUGUGUUGGAGGCGGUGCUGCUGUGUUGGAGGCGGUGCUGCUGUGUUGGAGCGGUGCUGCUGUGUUGGAGCGGUGCUGCUGUGUUGGAGCGGUGCUGCUGUGUUGGAGCGGUUCUGCUGUGUUGGAGCGGUUCUGCAGUGUUGGAGGCGGUGCUGCUGUGUUGGAGGCGGUGGUGCUGUGUUGGAGAGGUGCUGCUGUGUUGGAGCGGUGCUGCUGUGUUGGAGGCGGUGCUGCUGUGUUGGAGGCGGUGCUGCUGUGUUGGAGCGGUGCUGCUGUGUUGGAGCAGUGCUGCUGUGUUGGAGGCGGUGCUGCUGUGUUGGAGGCGGUGCUGCUGAGUUGGAGCGGUGCUGCUGUGUUGGAGGCGGUGCUGCUGUGUUGGAGGCGGUGCUGCUGUGUUGGAGCGGUGCUGCUGUGUUGGAGGCAGUGCUGCUGUGUUGGAGCGGUGCUGCUGUGUUGGAGGCGGUUCUGCAGUGUUGGAGGCGGUGCUGCUGUGUUGGAGGCGGUGCUGCUGUGUUGGAGAGGUGCUGCUGUGUUGGAGCGGUGCUGCUGUGUUGGAGGCGGUGCUGCUGUGUUGGAGGCGGUGCUGCUGUGUUGGAGCGGUGCUGCUGUGUUGGAGCAGUGCUGCUGUGUUGGAGGCGGUGCUGCUGUGUUGGAGGCGGUGCUGCUGAGUUGGAGCGGUGCUGCUGUGUUGGAGGCGGUGCUGCUGUGUUGGAGCGGUGCUGCUGUGUUGGAGGCGGUGCUGCUGUGUUGGAGGCGGUGCUGCUGUGUUGGAGCGGUGCUGCUGUGUUGGAGGCAGUGCUGCUGUGUUGGAGCGGUGCUGCUGUGUUGGAGGCGGUUCUGCAGUGUUGGAGGCGGUGCUGCUGUGUUGGAGGCGGUGCUGCUGUGUUGGAGAGGUGCUGCUGUGUUGGAGCGGUGCUGCUGUGUUGGAGGCGGUGCUGCUGUGUUGGAGGCGGUGCUGCUGUGUUGGAGCGGUGCUGCUGUGUUGGAGCAGUGCUGCUGUGUUGGAGGCGGUGCUGCUGUGUUGGAGGCGGUGCUGCUGAGUUGGAGCGGUGCUGCUGUGUUGGAGGCGGUGCUGCUGUGUUGGAGCGGUGCUGCUGUGUUGGAGGCGGUGCUGCUGUGUUGGAGGCGGUGCUGCUGUGUUGGAGCGGUGCUGCUGUGUUGGAGGCAGUGCUGCUGUGUUGGAGCGGUGCUGCUGUGUUGGAGGCGGUGCUGCUGUGUUGGAGCGGUGCUGCUGUGUUGGAGCGGUGCUGCUGUGUUGGAGGCGGUGCUGCUGUGUUGGAGGCGGUGCUGCUGUGUUGGAGCGGUGCUGCUGUGUUGGAGCGGUGCUGCUGUGUUGGAGCGGUGCUGCUGUGUUGGAGGCGGUGCUGCUGUGUUGAGGCGGUGCUGCUGUGUUGGAGGCGGUGCUGCUGUGUUGGAGCGGUGCUGCUGUGUUGGAGCGGUGCUUCUGUGUUGGAGCGGUGCUGCUGUGUUGGAGCGGUGCUGCUGUGUUGGAGCGGUGCUGCUGUGUUGGAGGCGGUCCUGCUGUGAAGGAGGUGGCGUGGUGCUGCUGCGAAGGAGGUGGCGUGGUGCUGCUGCUCUUCUCUUCUCCAACACCUGUCAACAUCCGGCUAAGUUCCCUCUUCCCCAAUUGCUCCUGACCCCCCCAAGACUUCAAGACGGCUUCAUUCCCCUCGGUAAGUGCUCGUCCAUUUCUGUUUUCUUGUUUUCCACAUGCACUAAUGUCGUGGUUUGUUGCCUCCCUCCCCUUUCUGACAGCCCCAAGACUUCAAGACGGCUUCAUUCCCCUCGACAGCCCCGAGACUUCAAGACGGCUCCAUUCCCCUCGACAGCCCCAAGACUUCAAGACGGCUUCAUUCCCCUCGACAGCCCCAAGACUUCAAGACGGCUUCAUUCCCCUCGACAGCCCCAAGACUUCAAGACUGCUCCAUUCCCCUCGACAGACCCAAGACUUCAAGACGGCUUCAUUCCCCUCGAGACGGAGGAGCAGAGGAGUUCGGGAGGAGAGGAGUUCGGGAGCAGAGGAGUUCGGGAGGAGAGGAGUGUGGGAGGAGCAGAGGAGCGCAGCAGAUAG